AUGUCACAAUCCGUCAGUCCUCGCGGAAAAGAUCCAAAAACAGCAAACAUCCAAUACGCAACCCAUCUCCCCCACCAAAUCCCCUACUCGGCACACUACGAAGACUCCCUCUACCACAUCCUCGAAUACCCACCGCGCUCUCGUGACGGCAUCUUUAUCAUCCCCAACGACUCCUCCGAGCAACCGAAACAAGGCAUCUCCGUGCGCGCAAGAGAUAUAGAUCCAAAGUCUCUUCCACAGGUCACGUUGCAGCAAUUACCGCUUUCUGUCCACGAUCCCCGCCGCAUCUUUGCGAGUCCCGUGCCGGGCAUACGAUUGACCCAUCCCGGUGGUUAUCUAGAAGGUGGACCUGGCCCUUCGCCUGAAGAGCAGAGGAACUGGGCUAGAGAGUUUGUCGAGAGGGAGGGCGCGGUGGACGAAAAGGCUUUGGGGUUGGCUGUGCAACAUCAUAUGCAGCAGAAUAUGGCAUUGGCCAAGGAUCGCAUGCGCGUACGCAACGAUGCUUUACAGCAGAAUGCGAGGAUCGAGAGGGAGAUCAAGACUUUGAUGGAUCAGAGGGAGAUGGAAGUCAAGAUCGAGACUCGCAUGAAGGAGGACGCGACAAGAAGGAGGGAAACCCGCGAACACAAGAGGAAGAUGCCUGCUGUGUGA